GUAGGAUUUUGUCCUAAUCUUUUUUCCUAAUUUCUUGAAAUUAAUGUUUUUGCUAUUGCGUUUCGUAGUUAUUCUAUCUGAAGCUGUUUUCCUGAAUAUAUUAUAAAAUUUUAGCGUUAACUGAGGUGAUAAAUUCCCUACAAAAAAAAUGACAUCUGCCGAUGAACAAUUAUCAGAAUGUCGUGAAGUAUUUUGCUACUUCGAUUCAAAAGGAGAUGAACGAAUAGGAGUAGCACAAGUUGGUGAUGUUCUUCGUGCACUUGGACAAAAUCCAACUGAAGCUGAGAUUCAAAAAUGUUGCUCACACUGGACUGAUCCUGAAACCCGUAUUACAUUCGAAGACUUUGUCCCGAUUUAUCAGUCAGUGAAUAAAUGUCGCGAAAACCAUACCUUAGAAGAAUUCGUAGAAGGAUUAUCUCAUUUUGAUAAAGAAGGAAAUGGUUUAAUCAAUAUUGCCGAGUUACGACAUCUGUUAACUACGCUUGGCGAGCGUUUGUCAGAUGAAGAAGUUGAUCAACUUCUGGCUGGCCAUGACGAUUCGCAUGGCAAUGUAAACAUUUCGGAUUUUGUGCGAGCUAUAAUGCAUGCUUGAAAAGCAAUAAUAUUAUGGAAAGACUUUCAUUUGCCUUUUAUAUAUACCAUUUGUAAUAGUUGUUACAAGAGAUAAUUGUCGUGGUUGUAUUUGUAAUUUAUUUAUAUUCAUGGAAUAUCACUGCA